AUGAAAAACAUUCAUAAGGAAUUCUGUACUAAACCGUACAGCAAUCUGAUUAUCGUGCUAAAACGUGCUAUUCAGGCUGCACAUGUCUCGAAUGCGAUACUGGCCGCUACGCAACCGUUCUAUCCGGCACCAGUACAGGAUGCACAACCGGAUCGACCUAUUGGUUACGGUGCCUUCGGUGUUGUUUGGUCGGUGACGGAUCCACGAAGCGGAAAACGUGUCGCGUUAAAGAAAAUGCCCAACGUCUUUCAAAAUUUGGCCUCUUGUAAACGGGUUUUUCGCGAAAUUCGCAUGCUUUCAUCGUUUAAGCACGAUAAUGUCCUUUCUCUUUUGGACAUCUUGCAACCAACGAAUCCGCAUUUCUUUCAAGAGCUGUGA